AUGGCAAUGCAGAUGGAGGACUCAUCGCCAUUGGUCGGGGACUCCCCGAAUCCCAAGCUGAGCGCAUGGACCCGCCGCGGGCUUCUCAUGACUGGGGGCCUCGUUUUCCUCGGCGCGGUUGGCUUAACUGUGGGCGCCUACGAAGCCAUGAAGGUUCCGGAGAAGAAAGGCUUUGACUGGACUCAAGUGGAGUUCCCGGGCAUGUCGGAUGUGAAGGAGAUCCUGGAGAUGGUUCAGGAGAUCUACCCGGACAAUGGGAACAGCGUCUUCAAGGAGCUGAAGGGCCUGGACGUGGACAACUCGGACCCCAAGAACAUCAAGUUCAAGCUCAAAAAGUCGCAGUACCCCAAUGCCACCAUGCGAUCCUUGCAGGAGGGUCCGGCCACCAUCAGCUACAUGAAGUCUCUGGAGUUCGCCAUGUGUGGCAUCGACGGGUACCAGUCGGCCAUCACCACGGGGCAAAUCGUCACCAACAUCCGUACCUUGACGCAGGUCUGCGAAUCCCCAUACCCGCAGACUCCGGAGCAGCAGGAUUUGUGCGGAGGCAUGGUUUCGCUGAACAUUGCACUUUGGGGCUUCCUGGCGUGCUUCAUCGAGGACAUGGUCUCCAUGUGCGGGCCUACCUUCGACUUGAAUGCAGGCUGCGCCAUCGACAUCACCGGCUUUUUGACCAACUUCGCGCUGGCCUCUAGCGCUGCAGCCGGUAUGAAGGGCAACUGCUUCCCCCCAGGGGGCUACAAGGCCACUACUCCGGCGCCGGACGCGGCCGCCUCCCCACUCAUCCAGGCCAGAAACGUGCAGGCCGACACCAUCCAAGCGAUCAACGACUUUGUGACGAAGCGCAGCAAGGAGCAGGAAGAGCAGCGGAGGAAGGCGAACGAACGCCUGCAGGUGCAGUGGGCUGUGGGCGCUGGCGCACGCCGCCUGGAAGGCAAAGAGUUCCACACCCUCCCAGUGCCAAACGCGCUGAAGACCCAGGAGAGCCUACAGAGCGACGUGGACUACAUGAACGAGCGCGCCCAGGAGACCAUCAAGACCGUUAAGGAGCGCAUGGAGAACCGGGAGGACCUCGACCAAGACACCAUUGACACCAUUCAGAAGGUGAAAACCUACCAAUCCAACCAGGAAGAGAAGCGCUGGAAGGCGGCGGCCUGCGCCUUGGACUCGCAGAAGGCCGCGGCGCGGCUGGCGCAGUUCGGGGUGCUCAUCGCCAUGGCGGAGCAGGACUGCUCCUCGCAAAACUUCGACGCGAAGGGGAACCAGGGGAAGACGAAGUGCGCAAUCGACGUCACCGCGGCCAUUGCUUCGGCGGGGAUUGCAGCGAGUUUGAUCACCAUCAGCGUCAUCAACUGCCCUCAGAGCCUGGAGUUUACCAAGGAAACUGGCGACAGACUGUGCGCCGCAAGCAUCAUCGACUUGGUCACGGCUUCGGCCUACAUUGGGACCUCCAUCGCCAGUGUCCAGGGAACCUGUGGAAGUCUUGACAAGUAUGAAGGUGUCCCUUCGGAGCAUUAUGGGUCAGCUCUGACAGUGAGGCGCUGA